AUGGCUUUACAAUACGGCAUUCGCAUACAUAUUAGCAGGGUACUGAACCUCGGGUUGGGAUCCUUCGUGUCUGCCACACUACCGAUAGGCUACCCUCCAUUCCGCUUGAUACCAAGCGUCGCUCCCUGCAGGAAGGCGGUGUGCGAGGGUAGGAUUCUCAGGGUGCAGAAAGGGUGUCUGGACACGAAACGAAGGGGCAAAAUCGAAAAGUGUGAAUCUGAACGGAGGAAAUGGCACGGGCCAUGGCUUGAGAGCAUAGAAUCGGGACGCUCCAGCGCUUUCUUCAGUCGCCGGAACAACUAUCCAUCGGCAGCAGGAAACCGAAGAUCAAACUUCACAAUACACCAGAAACCCGAAACCCCUUUAUCCUCACCCACCCCAACCGUCAACAUGGCCGAGAACGCGCAGUCCGUCAAGAUUCUUGACGAGCUCAUGAAGAAGCUCACCAUUUCCAAGGACGCCGCUGAGACCAAGGAAGCCUCUACCGCCCUCGCUUCUUUCAUCAACGGUCGCAUCGAGGACCAGGAUGUCCCCACUAAGACCAUCGAUGCCAUCAAGAAGCAGUUUGCAAACAAGAAGGAUGCCGGUGCCCGUGAGAAGGCAGCUCUGGCCGUCGCUGCCAUUGCUCAACAUUCCGAAGUCUCCGCGCACGUUGAGCCCUACCUCAUUGAGCUCCUCCCCAUCGUCCUCGCCGCGGUCGGCGACAAGAUCACCGCCGUGAAGACUGCUGCCACGGCUGCUACCCAGGCCAUCGGCGAGGCUAUCAACCCCAAUGCCGUCAAGGCCAUCCUUCCUCCCGUCAUGCACUCCAUCACCAGUGCUCAGAAGUGGCCCGAGAAGAUGGCUGCUCUCGACAUCAUCGACAUCAUUGUUCGCACUGCUCCUGCCCAGACCGCUUUCCGCGUUGCGGAUCUCAUUCCUGUCAUCUCCGAGUCGAUGUGGGACACCAAGAAGGAAGUCAAGGAGCGUGCCUACAAGACAAUGGAGCAGCUCUGCCAGCUCAUCGUCAACAGGGAUAUUGAGCGCUUCAUCCCCGAAGUCAUCAAGUGCAUUGCCAAGCCUGAGUUCGUCCCGGAGACCGUCCACCUGCUCGGUGCCACUACCUUCGUCACCGAAGUGACGGAGCCCACUCUGGCCCUCAUGGUGCCCCUGCUUGACCGUGGUCUCGCCGAGCGUGACACUGCCAUCAAGCGUAAAUCGGCCGUCAUUGUCGACAACAUGUGCAAGCUCGUCGACGAUCCCAACAUCGUUGCUCCCUUCCUUCCCAAGAUGAUGCCCGCCCUGCAGAAGAACUUCGACAACCUGGCUGAUCCCGAGGCCCGCGAGAAGACCCGCCAGGCCUUGGACACUCUCACCCGUGUCGGCAACGUCCAGAACGGCGUCAUUCCCGAGGCCAGCAACUUUGGCCAUGUUCCCAUUGUCCUUGAGAAGCUCAAGGCUGUUCUUGGCUCCAAGUACGCCAGCGCCCAGAAGAUGGAGCCCGUCCUUGCCCACAUCGCUGCUAUUGGUGGCCAGCUCAUCGACGAGAAGGUUACCGAGAGCAUGAUCUGGACCGAAGCCCUCAAACCCUACAUCAUCGUCGUUGUUGGCGAUGCCGAGGCGCAGAGCGUUGUCGAGGCUUUCCGCAAGCGUGCUUCCCCCGGCGCCGCCGACGAGGUCGAUGGCGAGGAGGACGACGAGGAGGGCGAGGACCUCUGCAACUGCACCUUCUCCCUUGCCUACGGUGCCAAGAUCCUGCUCAACCAGACCCAUCUCCGGCUCAAGCGUGGCCAGCGCUACGGCCUCUGCGGCCCCAACGGCUCUGGCAAGUCGACCCUGAUGCGUGCCAUCAACAACGAGCAGGUCGAGGGCUUCCCCAAGCAGAGCGAGGUCAAGACGGUCUUCGUCGAGCACGACCUCGAUGCCGCCGAUACCGAGAUGACCACGAUUGAGUGGACCAUGAAGAAGCUGCAGGAGGCUGGCAUCCAGACCUCCGAGGAGGAUGUCAAGGCCAAGCUCGACGAGUUCGGCUUCAGCCCGACCAUGAUUUCGGGCGAGAUCACUGCGCUGUCCGGUGGUUGGAAGAUGAAGCUGGCUCUCUGCCGUGCCGUGUUCGAGGCGCCCGACAUCCUGCUCCUCGACGAGCCCACCAAUCAUUUGGACGUGAAGAACGUCAAGUGGCUCGAGGACUACCUCAUGAACUCGCCGUGCACGUCGAUCAUCGUCUCGCACGACACCACCUUCCUUGACCACGUGGUCCAGCACGUGGUCCACUACGAGCGCUUCAAGCUCAAGCGCUACCGCGGCAACCUCCAGGAGUUCGUUCGCAAGUGCCCCCAGGCCAAGUCUUACUACGAGCUGGGCGCCUCGGAGAUGGAGUUCUCCUUCCCCGAACCCGGCUUCCUUGAGGGUGUCAAGACCAAGGCCAAGGCCAUUCUCCGUGCCAGCAGGAUGAGCUUCCAGUACCCGGGUACCGAUAAGCCCCAGAUCACCGACAUCAGCUUCCAGUGCUCGCUGGGCUCUCGUAUUGCCGUCAUCGGCCCCAACGGCGCCGGCAAGUCUACGCUGAUCAACGUGCUCACUGGCGAGCUUAUCCCCACCGAGGGCGAGAUCUACCAGCACGAGAACAUCCGUAUCGCCUACAUCAAGCAGCACGCUUUCGCGCAUAUUGAUAACCACCUCGACAAGACCCCGUCCGAGUACAUCCAGUGGCGUUUCCAGACUGGCGAGGAUCGUGAGACGAUGGAUCGCGCCAACAAGAUCAUCACCGACGCCGACGAGAAGGCCAUGGACAAGGUCUUCCGGAUUGAGGGCAGCCAGCGUCGCAUCAUUGGCAUCCACUCCCGCCGUAAGUUCAAGAACAGCUACGAGUACGAGUGCUCUUUUGCUCUCGGCGAGAACAUUGGCAUGAAGAACGAGCGCUGGACGCCCAUGAUGACUGCGGAUAACGUGUGGCUGCCUCGUAACGAGCUCCUCGCUUCCCACCAGAAGCUGGUGGCCGAGGUCGACAUGAAGGAGGCGCUCGCCUCCGGUCAGUUCCGCCCUCUGGUCCGCAAGGAGAUCGAGUCCCACUGCGCCAACUUCGGCAUCGACGCCGAGCUGGUGUCUCACUCGCGCAUGCGUGGUCUGUCCGGCGGUCAGCGUGUCAAGGUGGUCCUCGCGGCCUGCUCGUGGCAGCGUCCCCAUCUGAUCGUCCUCGACGAGCCCACCAACUACCUGGAUCGUGACUCGCUCGGUGCUCUGUCCAAGGCGCUGAAGAAGUUCGGCGGUGGUGUCAUCAUCAUUACGCACAGCGCCGAGUUCACCAAGGAUCUGACCGAGGAAGUCUGGGCCGUCAUGGACGGCAAGAUGACGCCCUCGGGUCACAACUGGGUGCAGGGCCAGGGCUCCGGACCUCGUCUGCAAGAGGGCGAGGAAGAGGAAGAGAAGUUUGAUGCUAUGGGCAACAAGAUUGUUAGCACCAAGAAGAAGGCCAAGCUGACCUCUUCCGAGGCGCGGAAGAAGAAGAAGGAGCGUAUGGCCCGCCGGAAGCGUGGUGAGGAGGUCUUCUCUGAUGAGGAUGACUAA